ACGGACAAGCCAGUCGAAAGAAUCAUCAAUAAAGGAAAACAUUGGGAUUCAAUGUGUAUCUGAAAGCCAUUUCUGCUGAUAAUUAUCUGAAUGCUUGCUGUUGCAUAUUUUCAGUUCACUUCGUGAAAAUGUCGCCAUUGACAGCACUAAUAACGAUCCUGGUAGUAGCUACUCUCAUUCCCGUCAAUUUGAGUGCACCUCCUACGUCUGAGACUCCAGCAGACGAUGAAGAAUCUUCAGCAGGAACUAAUGACCAAGACAGUCAGCCAGGAUCAACAUCGCUGUCUACGGAAGUGUUGAGAUCAAACUCAACGCUACCAGUUGGAAGUGUCUUUCAAUCUCUCAGUGUGGUUGAGGAUCUCCUUGACGUAUUGCUGGCAUCCAUAGAAAAUGUAUUGACACCGUUAACACUGCCACUUUCCUUCCUGCUGAAGGGACUGCUCACACCAGUUAUUAUUCUCGUCAGGAUUCUCCUAUUGAUCGUGCAGGUUUUGCUCGAUUUCAUCGUUGGGGGAUUAGUCCAAUUUCUGAUUGCACCCCUUUUGAAGGUUCUUGGACUGGGAAUUCUUGUUCCAGUCCUUAAUGGCUUACUUGUCAUUGUCAAUCUUUUGCUGGACAGGGUUUCGUGUUUGCUGGGUCUGUUGUCCUAUUUUGAUUUCCUUUUCCCAGACUGCGGUAAUCACAGGUCACCGCUGCACAAUCCGGCAUUGGUUGACAAAAUUCUUGCCAUGUACGAUCAAGAUGUGUCCAGGAAGUAAUUUUCAACAGGAAAAUAUAUCAGUUUAUUCUUCAUGA